AUGGCAUCAACUAAAGCAAGGCAGAGAAACAUUGAUAAACAAGUACUUCCCAAACAGUUUAAUGCACCAAAAGGUAGCGGUGAUGACAAACAAGAAGUUAAAACCUCCAGAAGAUGGAUUCCUGCUUUUUUAAUUGCUUUAGUUGUGACAUUGGUCAUUCCAAUGAUGCUGCUGAUUGUGUGGCCAUCACCUAUUCAGCCAGUGGUAAUAGAAGGGCUGCCAGAACCGCCAGAGUUAACUGGUCCUUUAGAACCCAAUAAUAUCUUAACUUUUGCUGAGCAGAUCUAUCGUGAUGAGGUGCAUGGUCCUGAAUCUAUUGUUGCUGAUGGAGAUCAUCUGUACACGGGAACAGCAGAUGGAUGGGUCAACCACAUUCAUCAAGGUGUUGUCCAGAAGAUUGUCAGAUUUGGGAAAGAACCCUGCGGUGGCUUUCAUAAUGAGGUAACCUGUGGACGACCAUUGGGCAUGAGGAUGGACAAGAUUGGAUUUCUCAUUGUGAUAGAUGCAUAUUAUGGCUUGUUUCGAGUCAAUGUGGUCACAGGGGACUAUGAUGCACUUUAUUUAUCCUCAACACCCAUCAAUGGAAAGCCAGCAAAGUUUUUAAAUGACUUGGAUAUUGGGCCAGAUGGGAAAAUUUACUUCACUGAUUCCAGUACUCGCUGGCCAAGGAAUCAGUUUGGUAUGAUUUUGCUGGAGGGAAUUCCUAAUGGAAGGCUGCUGAUGUAUGACCCAGCAACACAAACGACAACAGAAUUAUUCAGCAGUUUGUUGUUUGCUAAUGGGGUGCAGCUGACCAAGGACAAGAGUGCGGUACUUGUUGUAGAAACAGUCAGAGCCAGAAUUCUCAAAUACGAUCUGAAGACCAAGGAAGUAACUGUGUGGGCUGAAAAUAUCCCAGGAUUUCCAGAUAACAUUCGUUAUAGUAAAAUCACUGGAACUUUCUGGGUUGGCUUAGCCUGGACUAGACACAGAGGAGGAUUUUCUAUCAUAGAUUAUCUGGCUCCUCUGCCACGAGUAAGAGCACUUCUGGCAAAGGUAUAUUCAUUCACACUUUUUCAAGCACUGAAACAAUAUACUAGUGGCACAGGUGUGCACACAAUGGCUAUUGAGCUGAAUGAGGCUGGUUCAAUCGUCGGCAGCAUCCAGGACACGACUGGUGCUGUUAUCAGUUCUGUCAGCGAAGUAGAGGUUUCUGAUGGUAUCAUGUAUUUCGGUUCUUUCCAUUCUAAUUAUAUAGGUCGAUUAUAUAGAAGGAGAGUUCCAGGAUGGUAG